AUGGAGGAAGAACUCAAGAUAUUCAUCGAAGUAUGGGUUUCUGCAAUCAUCUCAGUAACUUAUUGUUACUACUUACCACCCAAAAUCAAAACCAAUAUACUUCGAUUACUCUCUGUUCUUCCUGUUUGUGCUUUGUUUCUUGCUCUUCCUAUGUUUUUCUCCACUGUUCAUUUCUCUUUCACUAUAGCCUUUUUCCUCUCAGGUCUUGCAGUUCCAAAACUCAUCCUCUUUGCAUUAGAAAAAGGUCCUCUUUUCCCACUUCCUCCUAAUCUCCUUCAAUUCAUCUGCUUUGCUUGCUUCCCCAUCAAGUUUCAAAUAAACCCUAACCCUGGAAAUCCUAACUUCCCCAAAUGGGUUUUUGCCCUUAAAGUUUUCAUCUUUGGUGCCUUGUUACUACAAGUGUAUGAUUACAAACAAUUUCUUCCUCCGAAUUUUCUAUUGGGUCUCUAUGCUCUGCAUAUAUACUUAGAGCUUGAGAUUUCCUUGACCUUGAUAAAAUUUCUCGUCAGUAUCACUCUAGGGUGUGAUCUCGAGCCACAAUUCAAUGAACCAUACUUAGCCACCUCUCUAUAUGACUUCUGGGGUCAC